AUGGUGCCCCCCUCCCCACCACUCGCCGCGCUCUCCGCCGCCGCCCGCCGCACCGCCACGGUCGCCGCCCGACGCGGCCGUCCCCUCCUCCCCGCUCUGGCCUCGUUGGUCCCGGAUCUCUACCCCUCGCUCCGCCGCCGCGUCCGCCUCAUGCCGCAGCAGCAGAAGGAGGGCCCGCGCGCUCCCCUGCCGCCGCGCGGCAGGGGCUUCGCCGCGGCCGCGGGAGGAGCGCGGGAUGUGCUGGAGGGGUGUGGCGGUGACUCCGAGCUGGUGGUGGUCUCGUUCUACAGGUUCGCGGACUUCGCCGACCACGCCGAGCUGCGGCGGCCGCUCAAGGAGCUCUGCGAAGAGCUGCGUGUUUCAGGUGGUAUUAUCCUUGCGCCAGAAGGAAUCAAUGGCAGCAUAUGUGGAACACCAGAAGCUGUGGAGAAAGUCUUGAAGUAUAUCCAAGCAGACAGCUGCUUGAAAGGGCUGCGAAUGAUCCAGUCUCCUGUUACUCCGGAAGAUGAGGCUAUCCAUCAUGGACAUACCAGCCAUUCUCCUGUUGGCGCUGGGGAAGAUGCACCCUUCCGGUGGGAUCAUGUCCGUGUGAAAUUGAAAAAGGAGAUAGUCACUCUCGGAGAUCCUGGUGUCAUGCCUACUAAAAUGGUUGGAAAAUAUGUGAAGCCAAAAGACUGGAAUGCAUUGAUAAGUGACCCAGAUACUGUUGUUAUUGAUGUGCGUAACAUGUAUGAGAUUCGCAUAGGAAAAUUUAAGAGAGCUGUAGAUCCAUGUACAAACUCAUUCAGAGAGUUUCCAUCUUGGGUGGAUGAUCAGUUUGAUUUGGCUGAAUCUGACAGUCAACCGUCAUCUGGAGAUGACAGUAUAACUGGUGGACCAUUGGAAGAUCUCGGUUCAAGAAAAUCCAAAGAGCUACCACGAGUUGCAAUGUACUGCACUGGUGGCAUAAGAUGUGAAAAAGCAUCAAGCUUCCUACUCAGCAAGGGCUUUAAAGAGGUUUAUCACUUGGAAGGUGGGAUAUUGAAGUACCUAGAGGAAAUCCCGAAGGCAGAAAGCUUGUGGGAUGGUGAAUGCUUUGUGUUUGACAAACGUGUCUCGGUGGAGCAUGGAUUAGCCCAAGGAACCCACAAACUUUGUUAUGGAUGUAAGCAACCAGUUAGCGAUGAAGACAUGGAAUCUCAUGAAUGGGAGUAUGGUGUAUCAUGUCCCUAUUGCUUUGCCACGAAAUCCGAGGAGGAGAAAGAAAGAGCAAGGGCGCGGCAGCGACAGUUUGAGACAUGGGGCGUUAUUGGGGGACCAGAUAAAGGAAGAGGUCCGAAAAAGCUGGAAGCUAACCGCACAGCUGAGGAAACCAAACAGUUUUCCAGUUCAGUCUAAAUAAAACUGACAACUGAAAUGAAAUAUGUUCCGUUACUACCACUUUAGAUUGAUUGACGUUUGCCCAACCAAGCGAGGGAUCCUUUUGUGUCAGCAGGGUCUCUCUUUUGCUUCUUUCUUUUAGUCCUCCAGAUUGUUUCUUGGCCCCUUAUGAUCAAGCUGGAUUUUUUUUUGGUAGCAACGGUGUUUGUACCAUCUGGUUCUAAGUUGUAACAGUAAUUACUUCUGAGUUGCAGCACUUUCCCCAAUAAUGUGCGAAGCUAAAUAGGCAUCGAGAUAUAUCAGUAAAUCAGUUUUCCUUCUGUUUGGAUGAUAUAUAUUGUCGUUCUCA